AUGGCAUAUACUUAUCUUUCCAAUAAUUCAGGGCAGACAUCUUCUUUACCAAGCCGAAGAGUGAAGACUCUCAGAAAUCUUAUGGCAAGGGAGAACGAAACACCUAUCUCAGUCUCGUACACUGGCGGAGGACAAGGAUUGAAGACACAUCUCGUUGCGAAUACUCCUAUGCGCACUCACGCCAUUCUUACCAAGUAUACUUCUCUUCGUAACUACUAUUCGAUGUUUGGCAGCAUUUCCCCUCCAGCUUUUGAGGUAGUGGGCGUCUACUCGAUGCUACUCCAGGAAGCUUACCUGAAUUACAAGACUAUCACCAUGGAUCUUCAGGUUCUCGCAUUCGAAGUCUUUUCGGGCCAAAAAGAGAAGGCUCGUGAAGCAGCUAAGAGGAAAAAGGCGGUUGAUGUCGCGACCAAGGGCCUACCUGCUCCUGCUGACGAAGCUGACUCCAAGUCUGAUAGUGACAUGCCAACUUCGGAGUCAAAGCAGGAGGAUGUUAAGAAUUCUGAGAAUACUCAGACAAAGGAGCUAGAGAAGAAGACCGAGGAGGCACCUGAGACAGCCCUCAAAGAUGCUACGGCGAAGAAGUCCCCCGGACACAACCACUCGCGGCCCAUUAAGGCUACCAAGGAGUACAAGUCUACCCUUCAAGGCCUUAAAGAUGCUAGUAGUAUAAUAAGCACUCUUUUUGAUAAUCGAAUUCAGCCACACAUGAGCCCGUUCCUAUUCAAGGAAUUUCUCCCAGUCGGGCAGCCUGUUGCACCAGAAGAGGAACAAGAUCAGAAGUUGACGAACAUAACCGACCGCAUUGAUAUGGUAAAAGCACAAAAGAACGAUGAUGCUCUGUGA